AUGCAAAAAAACAAUCUAUAACAACUGAAAAAUCUGAAUUCGUCAAAGAUUAAUAAGCCUCCUAUUGAUAGUAGGUCUACAAGAAAUGUUUAUGAAUUAUCAGCAGAGAAGUCUUCCAUAAAUAAGUCAUUUAAUGAGAAGAAAAAAUCAGUGCCCAAAUCAAAUGCUAUUUUACAAGAACUGUUCUUUAAAAGAUAAAAUUCCCAAGAGCAAUUAUUUAACAGAACUUCUAGUCCAAAAUCAUAACAUGAAAAUACAUCAAUAAAUAAAUCAUAACGAUCUAUUUCUCCUCAAAUUCUUUACUAAAUGCCAUUGGAGAUAAAGAAAAUAUACUAAUAAAUAAAUCACAGAUUAGAUCAAUAAAAAUUAUAGCAAAAUAAGAAAAAUAAAGAUACUUAAAAAUAUAAGACAGAAGAAUCAAAAUCACAUAAAAAUGAAUCAACAAGUUCCACUAUAAAUGAUUCAGAUGAAUAAAUUUAAAAUUUCAUAAAUUAGGAGGAAAUUGUGUUUACAAUCAUGGCAGUCAUCAGCAGAAAGAAAAAAGUCAUAAAUUAAUGCCAAAAUUAUCUUAAUCGGAUAUCUCAUUUUUUAAUUGAAGAAAACAAUAAAACAACUUAGUAAAUACUGUCUAAAUAGAUCCAUUUAGAGAGAAUAGGCAUCUUGGUAAUUUUAUAUAAAGCUCUAUCUGAUACGUUUGAAGAGGAUUAAUAGAAUUUGAAAAACAUGCUUUAUUAUAUACACAACAGUAUGACUUUACAUCUUCAAAUCUUAAACUAAUCUAACACUAUUUCACAAUCUCAAAGGGCAGCCAUUUAAGCAAGAUUGAAUAAAAUAAGGCCAUAAAAAAACUGUUAAACUUUAGAUAUAAAUUUAAUCCGUAAAAAUAGCAAUGUCGUUUAUUCACUCUUAGUAUUAUUGUAAAUACUUUAUUUUAUGUCUUAGUAUUGAAAAUUCAACUGACCAAAAACUUAAUUCGUUAGAGAAAAACUUAGCAAAUAUUGAUCGACUCUCUUUAAACCAGGGAACUGAAUUUAUUAAACAAGAAUAUCACAAAAUUGUAUAAUAUAAUACAAAUAUGUAGUUGGUUCAUAUACAAUAGUUAAGAUUGACAAUGGAUUCAUAAGAUUUUCAAUUUGACUAUGAAGAAGUGAUAGAUUGUUAAUAGAUACCUUAUUUAUCUAAAACAAAUAACUACACUUUGAUCAUUGAUCUAGAUGAAACACUAGUUCAUUACUAAGAAGUAUAAAUUGGUUUUUUAUAUAGUUAGUAGACGAGGGCCAAUUCUUAGUUAGACCAUUUGCUUAGUAAUUCCUGAAAGAAAUGUCUAAAUUUUAUUAGAUUGUUAUAUUUACAGCAGCAUAAUAAGAUUAUGCAGAUUUUAUUUUGGAUCUUAUAGAUGAGGACAAAGUCAUAUCUCAUAGAUUGUACAGACAACACACAACACUUGUGAAAAAUACAUAUGUAAAAGAUAUAUAGAAGAUUGGAAGAGACAUUAAAAAGACAAUAAUUAUAGACAAUUUGGCUGAAAAUUUCUAAUUACAACCUGACAAUGGAAUACAAAUAUAAAGUUGGUAUGGUGAUUCAGAUGAUCAAGCUUUAUAAUUGUUAUCUCCUUUGUUGAGUUAAAUUGUUUAGAAGAACUUUCCUGAUGUGAGAGAUGCUUUAAGGAAAUUUAGGGAUUAAAUGCAAAGAAAUAUAGAGGCAGGAAUAUCUGACCCUCAUUUGCAUUUAAGCUUAAAUUGA